AUGGAAUCAUUAAAUAUUUGGCAGAAAUUGCAUCUUAAAAAAAAAGAAACUAUUAAUAAAAAAAGAUAUUUUAAUAAAAACUAUGAUUCAGAUGAAAAUAAAAAAAAAAAUGAAAAUACUAAUUUAGAAAAUAAUAUAGAACAUAAUAUAAAUAAGUAUUUAAGUUCAGAUGAUGAAUCUAUUACAAGAAAACGCCUUAAAUUAGCGAAACAAUAUAUUCAAAAAAUACAAACAGAAGUAGGAGACUAUGAUUUUGAUGCAAAAAAUAUUGAUAAGGAUUUAAUAUCUGAAAGAUUAAACGAGAAUAUAAUAGAACAUAAAAGAAAGAUAUAUCUAUAUAUUGCAGAUGAUCUUGAAAUUUAUGAACAACCGUCAUCUAAUUUUAUUCAAGGACAUAAACUUUCAGUAACAUCGGUUGAUACCUAUGAGAAUUAUAUUUAUUCUGUUUCUAAAGAUGGUCUUUUACAAAAAUGGGACAUAUCUGAUAUUAAUAACCCAAAAAAGCUUGCAUAUGCAUUAGGUGGAAAAAGAAAUGAUGAAUCCUUUGAAGGGCAUAUUUCAGAAAUUACAGAUGUUAAAGUUAGUGGUGAUGGUAAUUGUGUUGUUACAUGUGGAAAGGAUAAACGCAUUGUUGUAAGAAAUUCAUCAACAUUAAAUAUCAUUUGCACAUUUAAACAUCAUCGAGGCUCUGUUUUGGCUUUAGCAUUUCGUAAAGGUACAAAUCAAUUGUAUUCAUGCUCUUCAGAUAGAACAAUUAAAUUUUGGUCACUUGAUGAAAUGGCAUACAUACAAACACUUUUUGGGCAUCAGGAAGCAAUUCCUGAUAUUGCAUCACUUUCUUUAGAAAGAUGCGUAAGUGUUGGCUCUAGAGAUAGAACUGCAAGAUUAUGGAAAAUUGCAGAAGAAUCUCAAAUGAUUUUUAAGAGAGAAGAUAAGAAAAAUAACGAAUCUCAAGAAGGAAGCAUAGACUGUGUCACAAUGAUUGAUGAAAAUCAUUUUUUAACUGGAUCAGAUAAUGGAAACAUAUGUUUAUGGUCUAUCUAUAAAAGAAAACCUAUUUUUACUAUAUAUUGUGCUCAUGGUUAUGAUUCUUUAAAAUCAUCUCAAUAUUCAGCGGAGCUUGAUACAUCAUUUCUUCCUUUUCAUAAGCCUCGAUGGAUUACUUCAUUAACUUCACUUCCUUACUCCGAUAUAUUUUUAUCAGGUUCAUGGGAUGGUUAUAUUAAACUUUGGAAAUUAUCAUCCGAUUUGAAAAGUUUUUCUUUAAUAACAGAAAAUAUACUACCAAUCAACGGUAUUAUAAAUAGAUUAUGUGUAACUGAAAGAGGAAAAAAAGCAGAAAAUGGAAUUAGGGUUAUCGCGGCUAUAGGAAAAGAAAACAGACUAGGGAGAUGGUUCAAAAAUGAAAAUGCAAAAAAUGGAAUCAAAUUUUUUGAAAUCAAAAGAUUAAGACAAAAAACACAAACAUAG